AUGGACCCCUCAAGUCUACCGCCCUUCCAAGUCGGAGGCCCAAUCCGACCCAUCACUUGUGUGGAGAUGCACACAGCGGGCGAACCAACACGAAUCAUCUGGACUGGAUUCCCCGAACUAAGUGGUACACUACUUGAGCAGCGAGCGCAGGCGAAAGAGAAAUCAGAUGAGUUCCGCCGCUUGCUGAUGCUGGAGCCCCGCGGCCACUACGACAUGUACGGCGCCAUUCUGCGACCCGACACGGAACUGGUGGCUGAGGACAAGGCGGAUAUGGGGGUGUUGUUUAUGCAUAACGAAGGUUUCUCGACUAUGUGCGGACAUGCGACGAUUGCGCUUGGUCGAUUCCUAGUUGACGUGGAUGAGAUUGUCUUUCCGCGCCGCAGGCACUUGAAGUACGAUGCCACCACGGGGACUACGCGGCUCAAUCUCCAUGUACCCUGUGGACUGGUUGAAGUCAUAGUCCCUACAUUACCCACCGGAAAAUCAGACCCGGCUCGUCCGGUAUCUUUUAUUUCGGUCCCAUCUUUUCCAACAGCGACCUCGUUGAAGAUCCCACUGCCAGAGAAAUAUCAAUGGCCCGAACUGCAAGGUCGCACUUCAGUCACGGCUGAUUUCUCUUACGGCGGCGCCUAUUAUUGCCUAAUCAGCGGCGAGGAACUGGGUUUUCCUAAGGGGUUGGCUGAGAUCGAUCUUCAAAGGAUGGAUCAUGCCACAAAGCUACUCAAGGAAGUUAUCAACACCGACCCGAGUCUUAGAUAUCUCACCCAAAACAUUGAGACAGGAGAGCAAGGGAUUUUGUACAGCGUUAUGAUUACAGAUACAGGACUGGGCCAUGUGAGUGCCUUGGAGGGGUCGGCGGCGUCGCGCGCUCAGAAGCUUGCCAAUAGUGAAGAGACGGGCCUUUGCUUCUUUGCCAAUCAGCAGAUCGACCGGUCUCCUACCGGUGGCUGUGUCGCUGCCCGUGUUGCCCUUGCACAUGCUCAGGGACUUUUGCCUGUGGGCGAGAAAAGAAUCUAUAAUUCGUUGGUUACACGCGCCUAUCAGGGUCUGGCUGGGUUCGUUGGGUCUGUUGAUGCUGAAACGGGGCCAAGUGUGCGUGUCAAAGUCGAGGGAUAUGCUUAUUACACGGGCUAUCAUUCGUUUGUCGUGGAAGCAGAGGACGGCCUAGGGGUUGGCGGCUUUUCUCUGCGAGAUAUUACCAUGUAG